AUGCAUUUGAAAGUACCAGAAGUGAAACGGUGUUGUUUCUGUUUUCCGUUGCGUCGUGGGAUCAUUAUAUUUGCGUACAUUAAUAUUAUAUUCACCGUGCUGGCCGUGGCGUGUCUCGUUAUCACGACGGAGCUUCAGAAGCUGUCGAUAACAAAUGACACGUCGCUGGAAGUCGCGACCUCGACGGUAUUGUUCAGUAUCCUCGGGAUGGGCGUUAUUCUGAAUAUACUGCUCCUAGUUGCUGGAUAUCAGAAAGACUUGUUGAUGCUGCGCCUGUACAAUUAUUACGCAGUAGCUACCACACUGGCUGCUCUAGUGCCAACAUUAAUGCUCCUUUCUCGCGGAAUGCUGUUUGAGGUGUUCACGGCGUUGUUUGCCAUUCUAAUGCAGUGUUACGUUGUCGUCUUGGUGAGGAGCGAAGUGGUGAAGUUGGAACACGAACAGCUUGUGUCAAACGAGGAAAUGCAGGGGGAGAAUCAGGUGGUUGUAGCAGUGCCGGAUCGCGUGACGUUGCUU